AUGGAUCCACGGCAGCAGGAGUCUUCGCAGUGCAAGGUAAAUAAACCCGCUAUUUGUAUGUCCUACUGACCUGGGUAAUCAUUCCAAGCCUACUCUGGUUCGUCUCAUUGAAGGAAACAUCUGUCAAACUGUCAGUUAGUGUAUUUUGUUAACCAAGUGUUUUACACAAGAAGUGAAUUUCACCCUAAUCCUGUAAUUCUGUAAUCACUACCCAAAACUCCACUUCCUGAUUGUUUCAUUGUGAAGGAAUUCUUGUCCAGGCAAUGCAAUGUCAUGUUCACAACUGAAACAAACAUGCAUUGUUGUUGUGGAUCGGCUAAAUUAUUGUUGCAAGAAUAUUAUGAAAGAAUUGUGGUCAUUCUAGCACAAAUAAACAUUGCACAUUCUGUUUGUACUAGCAGUCCCCAUCCCAGAAACAAAUGCAUGAGUUAUACAUCUGCUAAAAACGCUAAAAUAAAGUCUAAAGUUCAACACCACCUCCUCAAAUGAUUCAUAUUAGUCUACUUUCACUUUCAAGAGCUCCACCAUGCCACACAGAGAACGCAGUGAAGAGUUACGUGACAAGAAGCCCAGUGAGGUACCUAUCAAACAUGACAUUGAGGUAUCAGUUAUGUCAUACAUAAAACAAUCAAAUUCAAUCAAUUUAACUGUAGUUAUGUUCGAGUGAUUGUGUGUAACGCCAGCCUUAGCAUGGUCCCAGACAGGCCCAGAUCUGUAUGUGCUUUAGCCAACUCUUCUAUCAUAUAAUUUGUAAGUCCCUCUGGAUAAGAGCGUCUGCUAAAUGACGUAAAUGUAAUAUUCAUUAUAUUGCAUUUACUGCAUACAGAUCCGGCAAAAAGGCUAGAGCGAGUGAGCUCACUGUGAAAAUAAUUUCUCGAACAGUAGCCGGCCGCGACCGGGAGACCCAUGGGGCUGCGCACAAUUGGCCCAGCGUUGUCCAGGGUAGGGGAGGGAAUGGCCGGCAGGGAUGUAGCUCAGUUGGUAGAGCAUGGGUUCGAUUCCCACGGGGGGCCAGUAUGAAAAAAUAAAAUAAUGUAUGCACUCACUAACUGUAAGUCGCUCUGGAUAAGAGCGUCUGCUAAAUGACCUAAAAUGUAAAUGUAAUUAGCUUACUCUGUGACAUUUUCAGGAGGAGAAACAAACUUUCAGAAGAAUGAGAAGUCCGCCUAGACCCAGAAUAACUGGUUCAUUUAGGCAGAGAUUUGGAGGAAGAUUCUACAGACCACGGUAAGACUUGAGGGCAUUUCAGAGCAACCUGACGUAGCCUAGGGUUUGCUCUUGAUAAUUUCAACAUUUCCAUAUCUUCACCCACUUUCGUCCUAUUCAGAUUAGGUCGGAGAAAUAGUUUUUUUCCCUACUGUUUUCCUUACUGUACAGAUUCAUAAGGGACGAUCAUUCAUUCCGGAAGCCCCGCUUCAGUUUUGGGUUCCAGAGGUACCACCCUUUCACCCCUCGCCCACGGUUCAACUGGAGAGACCAGUCCGGCCCACCGGGGCCCCCAGGCCCACCACAAGGCCCCCCGGGCCCUAACAACCAGUACAACAAACAGAGGAACAUGGACAGGAGCGCCACCACCAGGGCUUCUACUCCUAAAGAACACACCAGUAGGUUGAUACUCAUGUAGCGGUUCAGGGGGGUUUGGACCAAAUUACUCAGUGGUUACAGUGUAAGAGCUCUACCAUCUGUGCCAUGAUCCAGAUCUCUUGGCAGUUUAUAGUACAGGCAAAAAAUACUUAUACCUAUAUCACUUUCCUCUUGUGAACACUAGAGAGCAGUAUGAGCAACCAGUGGCCAUGUCAACUCUGAAUAAUAUUGCAUUCUGACAUAUAGGCAACAUUUGGAACAUGUUUUGCUCAUCAGCAUUCCUGGUGGUUGAUAGUCACCAAGCAACAACCUGACAAUGUUACAUAAUGCUGGCUGCACACAGCAUUGGUAGAUAGAUAUUCAUUAACCUUAUAGGUGCUGUCUUUGCGUUUUGAAUCAGUGGAUAACUAAUUGGUCUCUAGACUCUACCCACACACUCACACAUACAACACUGACACUCCAACACACACACACACACACACACACACACACACACACACAUGCAAAUUGACGACGCACACACUCACACAACGACACACUUUCACACUCUUUCACACUUCACAUGCUGCCGCUACACUGUUUUAUCUAUUCUGAUUGCCUAGUCACUUUUACCCCUACCUACAUGUACAGUGGGGAAAAAAAGUAUUUAGUCAGCCACCAAUUGUGCAAGUUCUCCCACUUAAAAAGAUGAGAGAGGCCUGUAAUUUUCAUCAUAGGUACACGUCAACUAUGACAGACAAAAUGAGAAAAAAUUUCCAGAAAAUCACAUUGUAGGAUUUUUUAUGAAUUUAUUUGCAAAUUAUGGUGGAAAAUAAGUAUUUCGGUCAAUAACAAACGUUUCUCAAUACUUUGUUAUAUACCCUUUGUUGGCAAUGACACAGGUCAAACGUUUUCUGUAAGUCUUCACAAGGUUUUCACACACUGUUGCUGGUAUUUUGGCCCAUUCCUCCAUGCAGAUCUCCUCUAGAGCAGUGAUGUUUUGGGGCUGUCGCUGGGCAACACAGACUUUCAACUCCCUCCAAAGAUUUUCUAUGGGGUUGAGAUCUGGAGACUGGCUAGGUCACUCCAGGACCUUGAAAUGCUUCUUACGAAGCCAGGAUUGGGAGAAUGUCAUAUGGUCAGAUGAAACCAAAAUAUAACUUUAUGGUAAAAACUCAACUCGUCGUGUUUGGAGGACAACGAAAGCUGAGUUGCAUCCAAAGAACACCAUACCUACUGUGAAGCAUGGGGGUGGAAACAUGCUUUGGGGCUGUUUUUCUGCAAAGGGACCAGGACGACUGAUCCGUGUAAAGGAAAGAAUGAGUGGGGCCAUGUAUCGUGAGAUUUUGAGUGAAAACCUCCUUCCAUCAGCAAGGCAUUGAAGAUGAAACGUGACUGGGUAUUUCAGCAUGACAAUGAUCCCAAACACACCGCCGGGCAACGAAGGAGUGGCUUCGUAAGAAGCAUUUCAAGGUCCUGGAGUGGCCUAGCCAGUCUCCAGAUCUCAACCACAUAGAAAAUCUUUGGAGGGAGUUGAAAGUCCGUGUUGCCCAGCGACAGCCCCAAAACAUCACUGCUCUAGAGGAGAUCUGCAUGGAGGAAUGGGCCAAAAUACCAGCAACAGUGUGUGAAAACCUUGUGAAGACUUACAGAAAACGUUUGACCUGUGUCAUUGCCAACAAAGGGUAUAUAACAAAGUAUUGAGAAACGUUUGUUAUUGACCGAAAUACUUAUUUUCCACCAUAAUUUGCAAAUAAAUUCAUAAAAAAUCCUACAAUGUGAUUUUCUGGAAAUUUUUUUCUCAUUUUGUCUGUCAUAGUUGACGUGUACCUAUGAUGAAAAUUACAGGCCUCUCUCAUCUUUUUAAGUGGGAGAACUUGCACAAUUGGUGGCUGACUAAAUACUUUUUUCCCCCACUGUACAUACUGUAUUACCUGAAUUACCUCAACUACCUCGGAACCCUUGCACAUUUACUCGGUACUGGUACUCCGUGUAAAUAGCCUCGCUAUUGUUAUUUUAUUGUGUUACUGUUAUUUUUGUUACUUUUUAACUCUGCGUUGUUUGUGAAUAGGCUCGUACUGUAAGUAAGCAUUUCACAGUAAAGUCUACACCUGUUGUAUUCGGAGCAUGUGACCAAUAACAUUUUAUUUCGUCACUAUUAACCAUUGGUAUUUAGCUACUGUAUAUUCCUACAUGUUUCUGAUCAUCAAAUUUCUCCUCAUCACGUUAUUAUUAGUAUCACGAAGAGUUUUGUAAGACCACAGUCGAUGUGCUUGCAAGUCAUCAAUUAGCUCUUAUGGUUUAGCCCCAUUCUCUAUCAUGUUUGAAAGUGUUUUCUUGAAUAACUUUGCAUUGCCUGAAGAAGACCCAUGUCAAGUUACCUUCAAAAGAAACCAUACAUGUCAUCUUUAAUCUCUUUGGUGUUGAUUGUAUGAUCUGUAUUGCUAUUCUCAACCACAGUGGUGUUUUUUUCUCCUAUUUUAGUCAGCUGCUAAGUCUCUGCGCAGACUGCAGUACUGUGGAAGUGUGUGAGGAACAGGUUGCUCUCUGUGCCUGAGAGAUGUGCUAUUAUGGUGACUCAUCGCUAUAGUGUGUGUUAGAGAAAAUGAGAGUGAGAAAGCAAAAGAAAAUGAGGAGAAAGAGGGAGUGAGGUGCCGGGCAGACAGCCAGCUGUUUAUAAUGAGCCAUAACAAAGCUAUCGCCUCACAUAGGCACACUGCAGUCAAACGUUGCUAGGCAGAUUUCUCAAAUCACACCCAAUGGAUUGUGCUUAAAGAAACAUUCAUUUUAGCCCCUGUGCGCUGACCGCAGAGAGAUGGAGAUGGGGAAGCUUAGUCCUGAAUUAUACCUGCAGCUAGAGACACCAAUGGGAUAAUAGUUGAGGAGGACACUGGGUAGAUUGAGUCCCAGUGUCAAUCAGAGAUAUUAGAGUUAAUUUAGAGAUACCACCUGUGCCAACCAAAGAUAUUAGAGUUCAUCACAGAUGUCAGCUGCUGUAGUUUAGCUCUAACUUGUCCCCCAUCUGUUCCCGAGCUGGUGUUGUGUUGAAUUGUGUGAAGACGUGGUUUGUCUGUGUGAUGUUGCAGGUGCUCUCAGGUCUUCUGCAGGCUCCAGCAGAGCGAAGGAGAAGCAGCCUGUGUCGUUCACAGUAAGUCCACAUUCCACCACUCCUCUCUGCCUCUUCUGGGAUGGGGGGAGUCUGCGCUGUACACAGUAGGGCACACAUACUGUAUCCCCUGUCAUACUCCCGUAGUGUAUGGUGUUGGCUGCAAAUUCUGUAAUCAUUCCCUUUAUCUUCCAAAGAGUACAACAUGCAGGCCUCUUUCAUCAUAAAAAAACUUUUAGCCAGUAUUGUAGCUUCACACAAAUGAUCCCUCCCUGCUUGACUGCUGCUGCAAUUUCUCAGAAGUGAGAUGCACCACACAGGGAGGUACGAGUUGCAACAAACUUUCUCAUAUUGAAUAUGAGCCUGAGUGCAUCUCUUUUCCAAUGAUGUUCGCAAUCAAAAAUAUUUAGUACACACCAGUAGCGGUCAGUGCCAUUUCAGAUGAGGGAGGACGAUUUAUUUUUCAUGAGCAUGACCUUAUUUCUAUUACAGCAUAUUGGAUGACUGUCGUUCAUAUUCCAUUCACCCAGUUAAAUGUAACAGCGAUAGGUUUAGGCUACUACAUGAUACUCAAAUGUUCCCUAUACUUGCUACAACCUAGCCUAUGAAUGAAAGUUUACAACGUAGGUGCACACAGGUCAAGAGAGAAAUUUGAUGUGACAGAUAGUGACACAUAGACAGACAGUGACAUUCAAUACCACCUUGCACACACAUGCCUGCAUCUAGCUGAUAUUUGGUGUAAUCAUUAGUCCAACAGUUGCAAACUAGAGCUUUUAUUGGACAAAUUCAGGUAUGUGUAUACCCGUUUUGUUCCGUUUGCUUCUGUUUAAGAAACGUUUUCCAACAGAAUCGGCUGAAUGAAUACACCCCUGAUCACACAGUUCACAGUUUCAUAGCAGCCACGUUGUAUUCUUUCUCGCGUCUAUGUUAUGCGGUCUCCUCCUUUCACCUCUUCCCUUCGCUUGUGGACUUCAAUGCACAACACAUCAGCUGUAUGUGACCAGGCAAAAAAAACGUUUGAAGCCAAACCGCUACACACAGCCUACAUCGUUGUCACCAUAUUACCAUAUACAGUGGGGAGAACAAGUAUUUGAUACACUGCCGACUUUGCAGGUUUUCCUACUUACAAAGCAUGUAGAGGUCUGUAAUUUUUAUCAUAGGUACACUUCAACUGUGAGAGACGGAAUCUAAAACAAAAAUCCUGAAAAUCACAUUGUAUGAUUUUUAAGUAAUUCAUUUGCAUUUUAUUGCAUGACAUAAGUAUUUGAUCACCUACCAACCAGUAAGAAUUCCGUCUCUCACAGACCUGUUAGUUUUUCUUUAAGAAGCCCUCCUGUUCUCCACUCAUGACCUGUAUUGACUGCACCUGUUUGAACUCGUUACCUGUAUAAAAGACACCUGUCCACACACUCAAUCAAACAGACUCCAACCUCUCCACAAUGGCCAAGACCAGAGAGCUGUGUAAGGACAUCAGGGAUAAACUUGUAGACCUGCACAAGGCUGGGAUGGGCUAUAGGACAAUAGGCAAGCAGCUUGGUGAGAAGGCAACAACUGUUGGCGCAAUUAUUAGAAAAUGGAAGAAGUUCAAGAUGACGGUCAAUCACCCUCGGUCUGGGGCUCCAUGCAAGAUCUCACCUCGUGGGGCAUCAAUGAUCAUGAGGAAGGUGAGGGAUCAGCCCAGAACUACACGGCAGGACCUGGUCAAUGACCUGAAGAGAGCUGGGACCACAGUCUCAAAGAAAACCAUUAGUAACACACUCCGUCAUUCAUUAAAAUCCUGCAGCGCACGCAAGGUCCCACUGCUCAAGCCAGCGCAUGUCCAGGCCCGUCUGAAGUUUGCCAAUGACCAUCUGGAUGAUCCAGAGGAGGAAUGAGAGAAGGUCAUGUGGUCUGAUGAGACAAAAAUAGAGCUUUUUGGUCUAAACUCCACUCGCCGUGUUUGAAGAAGAAGGAUGAGUACAACCCCAAGAACACCAUCCCAACCGUGAAGCAUGGAGGUGGAAACAUCAUUCUUUGGGGAUGCUUUUCUGCAAAGGGGACAGGACGACUGCAUCGUAUUGAGGGGAGGAUGGAUGGGGCCAUGUAUCGUGAGAUCUUGGCCAACAACCUCCUUCUCUCAGUAAGAGCAUUGAAGAUGGGUCGUGGCUGGGUCUUCCAGCAUGACAACGACCCGAAACACACAGCCAGGGCAACUAAGGAGUGGCUCCGUAAGAAGCAUCUCAAGGUCCUGGAGUGGCCUAGCCAGUCUCCAGACCUGAACCCAAUAGAACAUCUUUGGAGGGAGCUGAAAGUCCGUAUUGCCCAGCGACAGCCCCGAAACCUGAAGGAUCUGGAGAAGGUCUGUAUGGAGGAGUGGGCCAAAAUCCCUGCUGCAGUGUGUGCAAACCUGGUCAAGACCUACAGGAAACGUAUGAUCUCUGAAAUUGCAAACAAAGGUUUCUGUACCAAAUAUUAAGUUCUGCUUUUCUGAUGUAUCAAAUACUUAUGUCAUGCAAUAAAAUGCAAAUUAAUUACUUAAAAAUCAUACAAUGUGCUUUUCUGGUACUAGAAAAAAAAUGCUUUCAGUACUAGAUUAAUUCUCUGAUCCUUUGAUUGGGUGGACAACAUGUCAGUCCCCUGUAGCUCAGUUGGUAGAGCAUGGCGCUUGCAACGCCAGGGUUGUGGGUUCGUUUUCCACGGGGGGCCAGUAUGAAAAAAUGGAUGCACUCACUAACUGUAAGUCACUCUGGAUAAGAGCGUCUGCUAAAUGACUAAAAUGUAAAUGCUGCAAGAGCUCUGAUAGGUUGGAGGACGUCCUCCGGAAGUUGUCAUAAUUACUGUGUAAGUCUAUGGAAGGGGGUGAGAACCAUGAGCCUCCUAGGUUUUGUAUUGAAGUCAAUGUACUCAGAGGAGGAGGAAAGCUAGCUGUCAUCCGGCUACACCAUGGUGCUACCCUACAGAGUGCUGUUGAGGCUACUGUAGACCUUAUUUGCAAUAUAGUGUGUUUCAAUGAAUUAUUUGGUGACAUGGUUAUAUUUAGAAUAGUUUUAUCUAAAAGGAUAACUUUUUAAAUGUUUAAAAUUUUUAAUUUUGAUGAAAUUCGCUGAGGAUGAUGGUCCUCCCCUUCCUCCUCUGAGGAGCCUCCACUGGUACACACACACACACACACACACCGUUUUUCACAGUCCUUCAAAUCACAUAGAAAAAGACCCCUCAAACAUUUGAUUAAUCUUGGCUAGACUGCUUGGGAAAAUUAUUAACGUGUGUGUGUGUCCUCCAUGCCUCUGGGUGUGAUAGGAAUUGGAAGGACAGGGAGAGCACAGAUGCAGCAUAAAGAAUGAAAAAGUUGGAAUAAUUGGGUGGAGUACAAGGUUGUGGAGCACAAGGUUGUUGUCUUCUUCAGUUUAAACAUGCUGAUUAUUCAAAUUGUCUGGCUGCCUGCUAACCUUGAUGUUAGAGAGGGAGAGAGAGAUGCACUUUUAAGGAACUCAACAGCAGUCAGAUGGGCUCUGAAAGGCAAACACAGGCAGACAAGCCAAGUGCUGUCAGAGGACUGACUGUGUGUCAACGUCUUAAGGAAUACUUAAAACUGUGCUUAUAACGGUCUCUCACCCCUGUGUUUCGGUAGGUGGCUCAAGAGAAGGAGAGAUCCCACAGCAGAGAAAGAGAGAGGGAUAGAGAGCUCCCCUCCACCAUAAGCAGAGCCACAGCACGAAACAGAGCCAUCCAACAGAAGAGGAGAGAAAUAGAGCAGGUAUAGUACCGUUCAUAUUACAGUGAAACAGAUAGGGAAAGAGGGGAUGUACAGCAUUGCCAACAGCAGGAGAGGAGAGAGGAACAUGAUUUACAGCAGGGUAAACACCAAAAAACACAGCGAGAGAGAGAUUGAGAGGGUUAGAGAGGUAACAUAGAGGAGAGAGAGAUAAGAGGAGGUAGGAUUAUGAGAGGGUGAGAUGAGGAGGGAGAGAAAGAGAGAGGGGGUUGUGGAGAGGAAAGGGAGAUUUGAUUACUGCGGUGCCAAAACUAAUUGAGAAAUGGCCAGCUGAAGCCGCCUCCAAUUUAUCAUUUUUUCUUCCUUUUAGCAGCUGAAUCAGUUGAAUAGAUGAUCAGUCAUGAUCAGAGCCAAUACAUGGUGAUGUUGUACAUCCCUGAGUUGUUUACCUCCAAUCACUUUUAAGCGCUUAUCAGAGUCCAAAAUGUGUACGCAUACGCACCGCAGUGUUCUAGAAUAUUGGACCGUUGGCUUUCAUACUUUUUGAAUUCUCUGCGCAGCUCAAGCAAUUUCUCCAACUGUCGACUCAUUGAAAUUAUUAGAGGACGCGUACACGGAGCCACGUUGGAUGGGAAUUGUGAGGAGGUGCGCGUUCGGGUGGUGCUCUCAUGGCAGCUAUGUCAUAAUGGGACCCCGGACGAACGCGUCUCUGCGUCUAUGGUCUCUGAAUUACGCUUAAGAUGGAGCUCCUGUUAUUGUCAGGUUGUUUGUCCCAGGUUUUUUCAUCAUAAAUCAGUCAUCACAUGGGCAUAGUGCGGUUGUCUCUCAAUAGGUUUUAAACAUGUGCUUUAACGGAUAUGUCACAGUUAAUGUGACAGAACAUCACAUGAAGCGUUGUCAGUGGGAGGUGUGUGUAUUGGGUGUUGUCUCUCCAUCCACUCGACUGACGAGAAGUUCUCUCUCGCUCUUCACAUCUCCAUGGUAACUGGAGAAGGUAGGCUCUGUGAGAGAGCAGUCUGGCAACAGGUAGCUGAUACACUCGUCCUCCAAAGACACGCACACAAUAAAUACAGCAAUGUUGUUGUGGGGGAUUAAGUGCUUUGCUAAAGAGCAGAAUGACGGAUUUUUCCACUUGUCGGUUCAAGGAUUCGAACUAGCAACCUUUCAGUUACUGGCCCAAUGCUCUAACCACUAGGCUGCGCAUACAUGCACGUACCCACCUACCCUAAUUGUAACCCUAACCUUAAAAUAGCCUUUUUCAUCAUGGGGAUGUGGGAAAUGUCCCCACGAGGGGGAAUUUUGGGGAUUUUAGGUCCUCACAAGGAUUGAAGAACCAACCAACACACACUCCUUUGCAUGGUGUGAACAGCUGUCUGUGUGUGUGUGCUGCUGCCUUGGACUGCUAAUCCACUCAGUGGUAAUGGCAUACACAUCACGAGACCUCUCGCCCCAAGUAUCUCUCCCAGAAUUCUCUCUCCCUCUUUCCCUCUCUUGCUUUCUAUCCUCUCUCUUUCACCCUCUCUCCACCCUCUCUCCACCCUCUCUCGCUCCAUCCUCUAUCUUUCGUGAUUCUCCUCUCUCUUCACCCCCCCCCCCUUUUUCUCCCUCACUCCUAUUUCCCCCUCUCCAAUCUCUUGUUUGCCUGCUCCUCUCCUGUGUCUGAAUCUCAGCAGCAUUCUUCUGGUAAUACUGUGAGCUGAGUUUCUUUAGACCAUCUGUGGUAAGCUCCUCACUGGAACAGGAGCCAUAAUACAAAACAACAUCUCACGUGCCAUGAAAAUAUGUUUAUGUGUGUGCCUGUAAGUGUGUGUGUGUGUCAUGCUGGUGUACAGUUAGAACUGUGCCACCAUUUGGUUAGGUUUAGAAGAUACGGUUUAGAUUAGAAGAUGAUGGGGUUUAGAAGAUGGAUUUAGUGUAUAGAUACAGUAUGUGUUUUAGGACCAUGAUGCACAGUUAAAUGUGGUGGUGAAAAUGCUGACUGUCUGUUUGUUAUGCAGGUGUACCGUCAGGACUGUGACACGUUUGGCCUGGUGGUGAAGAUGCUGAUAGCCAAGGACCCGUCUCUGGAGCGGCCCAUCCAGCCGUCUCUAAAGGAGAACCUCGGGGAGAUCGGCCUGCGCUGUGUAGAGGCCAUGCAACAGUUCAUAGAGGAGUAUGACUCCAGGGAACCAUCACCA